AUGGCGUUUGUGGAGACUCACGUCACCGAGGCGAAGCUCAUUCAGUAUCGUGCCAAUCUGGACGUUGAUGGUUGGAAGUUAUCGGCUUGUGCUGCGGUGGGCACGGGUCGGUCCGCGGAGGGCACGAGUGGAGGUGAGUGGGUUUUGGCGCGAUCCCAUCUUGCUACCACGUCCUUCGAUCGGCAGAGGGCCCUGAUGACCAAGGGGCGCCUGAAGGAUCCCUGCCGUGGCUGGGUCCCAACUGUCUGGCAUCUGCGAGCAGGCAACCUCAUUGUUAUCGCGGCCUACUUCUUGCCCAAGCACGGGUUCGGAGGCCUCAAUCUUGAUAGAUGGGCUUCUCUACGUGCCUUCUUGGCAUCAGUGUCUGACCCGUGGAUCAUUGUUGCAGAUUGGAACCUGACCCCGACGGCCCUGGAGCGGAACUCGUUCCUCAAGGAUGUGGGAGGCACAAUCGUUCUCCCAGAUGUCCGUGUCACCUGCGACAAGGGCGCGGGGUCCCUCAUUGACUAUGCGGUGGCGUCAGUGUCGGUGGCAGACUUAGUCUCAGUCAAGGGUGUCCUCACUGUUCCUUGGAAGGUCCACUGUGGCCUCCACGUUGAGAUACAGGGCACGUCGACGGCAUGGUGGCACCGCGCUUUGGUCUUGCCGCGGCCGCUCCCUGCUGUGGAUCGGCCACCGACGGCCCCUGACCCGCAGAGCAAGACCUACCAGCGCAAGCAAGCAGCCCUCCAGAGGCGCAAGGAGGCCUUGCCUCCAGAUCAUCAAAAUGCGUUUCAUGAGCUCCAUCAGCCCCCUGACCCUCAAGGUCUGACUGGCGAUGUCUUUGAAGUCAGCCUGGAUCGAUGGAACUCUAACUCGCCCUCUGGAGCGGAUGGAUACGGUUGCCCGAAGUACACCUUCACGGCGGAGAUGCGCAUGAUUGGCGAGUCUCCUAUCGUCUCGUGGGCACUCGAGGGGAACGACCAGCUAUCCCAAGACAAUGGCAGGUGGGUCAGCCAGGUCGAGCAGUCCCUCCUUGACCCGAACCUCACGGCCCUGGAGCGUGCGCCUUUCAUUGGCAGAGCCCGAGGGUUUGCAGUCACGUGGAAGAAGUCGGAUGCCACGGUGGAGACCACGCCCAGUUCCUUUGUUGCCAAUGCGGUGGCUGACCCCAUCACGAUCAUGGCCAACAAGUCGACGAAGUGGGGCAAGAUUUGGCUGCUAUCCGAGUCACGGGCAACAAGAAGGCUCGUGGAGUUGAUGGGCUUGAUGCUGGCGAUCUGA